AUUCGCCCGCCCAUAGGUAUCACGGUCCCUCCGGAUUCCCUCAACUUAUCAUGCAAGUCAUUCGUUCGACAAGUUCAUAACGAAUCUAUCUCACUUGAUUGAUAUACCAUACCUCUCGCUUUAAUUAUUACUUCAGCAAGCCGAACCUCAGUACUCAGGUCUCUUAUCCAACCGUUUUCUGCUUUUGCAGGCCGGCUGUCCAUCUCAACAUCUCCUCCUUCUCCUCCUCCACCUCCACCUUUCGCCUCAACCUCACAUGAUCACACAUCAUCAUGGCUGAUUCUCCUAUCACGAAUGCUCCAGUCGGGUCACAAGAGAAGCCAAUAUUGGACAAGUUGUUACUGAUCCGAGAUAAACUCCUUCUUCUCAAACAAGACAAAAGUACAUACGUUAAAUCCUCCGAUGUCCUCCCUCUCUACGACCAAGUUAUCGAACAGGUGCACAUCCUGAACGAAGUGCGAGGUGAAGAGCACCUGGUUCAAAACCGAGUCGACACCGUCCUCGAUGACUGCCUCCAAUUAAUCUCCCUCUUCUUCAUGGCCGUUGGUCGGAACAAUGAAGCUCCGGCCCUCUAUGCUGUGACCGGCAACAUCAUGCGCCUAUGCCAUCACGUCAAGGAGGCUGCCUUUUACAGCAAAAAAGACUUGACCAGCCUCGAGCAUACCCUCUCCAAAAUGGAAGGAACGCUCGAGAGUGGAAAAGACAAAUAUUCUCCCGCUUUGAUCAAGAGGGUGCACUAUCGCCUGGAAAUUUGCCAGGCCAUGUUGAAAGAGCUGCGCGCCUUUUUGUCGACAUUGUCGCCCGAGAUGGUCCCUGUCUGGGAGAAAUUGGUUUCAAUAUUGCGCGCAAUUGCAGCGCUCAACACGCGGAGCAAGUACUCUUCAAAAGAUCUUCACGAGCUUCGUGACCAACUCCUUCAGAUCCAAUCGACUAUGCAAGACGGGAAACUACCAGAUGAAUCCGGGGAAGUGUCUUCGGGUCAAGACCUCGUGGUUCCUCUACUUGAGAGAUGUCUGAAAUUCACGGAAAUUGUCGAAGAGAGACAUGGCAAGAUCGACGAACGAUUUCAGGAAACAUACGACCAACUGAUUGAGAUCCGGAACCAACUCGACCGACUCACCAUGACCCAAGCAUGGUCCCUUCGAGAAACAGAUUUAUUCAUGUGGCAGAGAAAAUUGGACCGCAUCGAUGAUUCAAGACGAGAUGGCAAUUUCUUUGACGCCGAAGGUCGACCGGCAGAUUUGCACGCCCAGAGGGUAAGAGUCCUUUUAUUACCUGUGGCUGCUUAAAUUCAGAAGCUAACUUCCCAACCUAGACCCUUCUAUACCUCAUCCGGCGAGGCUACGCAUAUAUCUACCAACUCCUCAUCGCAUCAGAACCAGUUUCGGAAGCCCUUCUCCCGAUAUACAACCAAUUACUGACUCUACGACGAUGUUUGGUGGAAGUCAAGAAAGCCGGAGGAGUUUCCAACCCACGAGAAUUAUACCCUUACAGCAUGAAACUGAACUCGAUCGACAAUAUGCGGGUGGAUGGAAAGUUCCAAAUUGGAAAAGAUAUUCCUGAAGGCCAGGGGAGUGUUAAUGAUCUUCUCGCUGAAUGCUACGACCUUGCUUAUGAAUUGAGGACGGAUGCUGAGAACGAGAGUGAUGAUGAGUAGGGGGGGAAGGGACAAGAUGAAUGAAUGUUCUUCAUGACGGUCUGUCUGUCUCUUGGGGAAGAAACCUCUCGCUCCUCUCACUCAUUCUUAAAUGAAUUCAGGGAUGUCAUAUGGCAAGGAGUGUGAAUUGCGGUGCAAUGAAAAUGCAAGAACGACACCAGGGAGAGGAUAUCCAGUUGAACCGAUCCGCUUUAGGCUGGAGCGGACGGGCAGGGCGUAUUUUGUCUUGACUUGAUGUACCUUGACUUGACUACCCAUUGAUUUGGGCUUGUUUUCUGCCUAGGAUGGCCAUGGCUACGGCUAUGGUAUCAAUCGAUCGAUCAAUCGUG